AUGGCCUCGACCGCUGUAGCCACCGUGGUAGCGUCGCCUCACCUCACCACCGAAUUCAUCGUCAAGCCCCUCGUGGUCCUGCUCAGCUUCGCAUAUCCGUUCUACGCUAGCUUCAAGGCUCUGGAUUCGCAAUCGUCGGACAACAAGGCGCAAUGGCUCACGUAUUGGACCGUCCUAGCGUGCAUUAACUUCGUCGAAUCCAUCUUCUACUGGGUCCUCGUCUGGCUUCCCAUCUUCUUCUCCCUCAAGCUCCUCUUCGUUCUAUGGCUCCAACUACCAAUGACUAAGGGUGCCAGCAUCAUCUACUGGAAGUUCCUGUAUCCGCAAAUCAAGAAGCACGAGGAUAAGAUUGACAGCGCCGUCUCCGCGGGUCAGAAGAGAGUCAUGCGCAUGAAGGAUCAAUGGGCCAGCAUCCCGGUCACGUCGUCGUCAGCCACAGUGAGCAGCCGACCAUCAGCGGCAGAGAGAGUGCUGCAGGAGAUGGAGGCAGGGGAUGCAGGGGAGAAGGGCGAAUAA